AUGAGCUCCGAGCCAGGAAACUGCCAGAACCACCAGGACCAUGAUCCGGACCAUGGAGACGCCGGGCCAGCCAAACAGACCAUGCCCAUGCCUGUCCCUGACCUGGAGGUCCAGUACACUAAGGUCAGCUGGAACAAUCUUUAUAGCUAAUGUAGUAUGUAAUUAUGUUUGUGUAGGCUAUGUAUUCUCUUUAGCUUUUUGUUUUAAAGGUUGCAUUUUGUGGACUACUUUGCUGCUAAAAUCAUCUAUGCAUUCUUAGAUUUAGGAGUGUUUUGUAGUAUAUUUGCUGGUGAAAAGGCUUUUGAUGUGUAAAUGGUAGUCUCUGUUAUAAAGAACCGCCACUGAUUAAUGCUAUAGUGAAUAUCACACGGUAUGUUGCGCAGUCCAAUCUUUUUCCAGAUGUCCCCUCUCUAAAUCUUCAGCUACAACAUUUUGUCUAAACGUUUACAUGUUCUGAUGCAUUUUAUUUAUAAUGGCAUAUUUCAUUAAUAGUUCUUCAUGAAUACUUUAUAUUUGUGUGUUUGUGUGUGUGUGUGUGUGUGUGUGUGUGUGUGUGUGUGUGUGUGUGUGUGUGUGUGUGUGUGUGUGUGUGUGUGUGUGUGUGUGUGUGCGUGCGUGCGUGUGCGUGUGCGUGUGCGUGUGCGUGUGUGUGUGUCUAUUGGAGAUGUAGUAGAAUGAGUGUGGUAUUUACAUCCCUUUGACAAGAUGGUUCCCAGGAGCAGAGGAAGUCAGUAAACUGUUUACUGUGUCCUUAUCAGAAAGUUUAUUACAGUAGAGUUACCUCGAUUUAUUUAUUAUUUUAAUAUAUUGACUUACUUAACAACACUCAGAUGCAUCUAAUCAAGUGAAAGGAUUUAAUCAAAGGUUAAUCUUUCUUUUGCAAUAAACACAGAUCUGGUCUGGACAAAACUAUAAAACAUGCUCUACUGAGGAUAAAAAUCUAACUCAUUGUUAUGGAGUCUGUUCCCUGAAAUGGAAAACUAUGCUCUCUGCCAGAGGCCCGUGGUCGUGGAUGACAGGAGGGAGCGUGUUCAUUAGCCUGGUCCCAGAUCUGUUUUCGCUAUAUAGCCAACUCCCAUGGUCGCUGUUUUGUCAUGUUUGGCAUGUCAAUUCCCAUAGUUGGCAAGACAGCACAAACAGAUCUAGGAGCAGGUUAGGAGUUAAUUGACACAUGAGUGUUUGUGUGUAGUGUACACUGAGUGUACAAAACAUUAAGAACACCUGCUCUUUCCAUGACAUAGACUGACCAGGUGAAUCCAGGUGAAAGCUAUGAUCACUUAUGGAUGUCACUUGUUAAAUCCACUUCAAUCAGUGUAUAUGAAGGGGAGGAGACGGGUUAAAGAAGGAUUCUUAAGCCUUGAGACAAUUGAGACAUGUAUUGUGUAUGUGUGCCAUUCAGAGGGUGAAUGGGCAAGACAAAAGAUUUAAGUGCCGUUAAACAGGGUAUGGUAAUUAGUGUUAGGGGCACCGGUUUGUGUCAAGAACUGCAACGGUGCUGGGUUUUUCACGCUCAACAGUUUCCCGUGUGUAUCAAGAAUGGUCCACCACCCAAAGGACAUCCAGCCAACUUCACACAACUGUGUGAAGCAUGGGAGUCAACAUGGGCCUGCAUCCCUGUGGAAUGCUUUCGACACGUUGUAGAGUCCAUGCCCUGACGAAUUGAGGCUGUUCUCAGGGCAAAGGGGGGUGCAACUCAAUAUUAGGAAGGUGUCCUUAAUGUUUUGUACACUCAGUGUAUAGCACCAGCCUGGGGUUUGUUGGGUCUGUGUUCAUGGCAUAUUCAUUAGUGAGGUUUUUACUAAGGUCAUCUGUCUUGCUGUUGUGUGUUUAUGUGAUUUGGGGAGAUCAGAUAUUCAUUGAUAACGAGUGGCAUGAGUCCUGCAGCGGACGGAAGAUGCCAGUUCACAACCCUGCCACUGGAGACCUGCUGUGUGAGGUAGAGGAGGCAGACACCGUGAGUGACAUUGUCAACUAGUCAAAAAAAACAAUCAAUCAAUCAAUUUUUGUGUGGUUCUUUGUCUGAGUAAGGUUGAGAAAGAGAGAGAGAAAGUGUUCGUGCGUCUGUAUCUGUUUGCGUGCCUGUUUGACUUUCGUAUGUCUGCCUGUCUGUGUGCAUGUGCAUGUCUAACUAUCCUUUCAUACCCAGGAGGAUGUGGACAAGGCGGUCCGGAGUGCGAGGGCAGCCUUCCAACUGGGGUCUCCAUGGCGAUGCAUGGACGCGUCCGACAGAGGGCUGCUGCUCAACAGGCUGGCUGACCUGGUGGAGAGGGACCGCCUCCGGCUAGCUGUGAGGAAUACACACACACACACACACACACACACACACACACACACACACAGUCUAACACUGCAAGUGCUCAACAGCCAUAUGUCCCACAUGUCCCAUAUCUGGGCUCGAUAUUUGUUAUGCAUUUGCUAGAUGUUGUUGAGGAGUUCUUCAUAAGUCUGUUUAAUGUAUAUGUACUCAGACGUUGGAGGCUCUUGACUCAGGAAAGAUCUUCCUCAUGGCGUACUUUGUGGAUCUGAUGGCCACUAUUAAAACCCUGCGUUAUUAUGGAGGAUGGGCUGACAAGAUACAAGGCAAAACCAUUCCUGUGGGUGAGUUCAUCCGCAAACACUUUAAUUUGACCAUCUCACAAAUAUGAGAUCAUAUCCACCUGAUUGAAGUAUCAAUUAUUGUAUUUACAUACCUAUGAUGAAAUUCUUUCAAAUGAUAGAACAGCAGACUUAUUGCCAAAAUUCCUUUACAUGUCAUUGUCUGCAGAUGGAGAGUAUUUUACCUACACACGACACGAGCCCAUUGGGGUGUGUGGACAAAUCAUUCCAGUAAGUAAAUCCCAUUUGUGUGUGUGUGGGUGUGUGUGUGUGUGUGUGUGCGCGUGCAUUUGUGUGUGUGUGUGUGUGUGUGUGUGCGUGUCCUCAGCUCUUGUAUAACCCGUACCUUUGCACCUCUGAAUGCAGUGGAAUUUCCCUGUGAUGAUGUUUGCCUGGAAGAUCGCUCCAGCUCUGUGCUGUGGAAACACUGUAAUCAUCAAACCAGCCGAACAGACACCCCUAACAGCCCUGCACAUGGCCUACCUUAUCAAAGAGGUAGAUUACUCACAUGCAAACAUGCGCAUACAUCUCUAAUACUUUAGAGGUAUUCUCACAGCACAUUAGCCGUACCGUCAAGAUACGUUUAGCUUAACUCAACAACUAUUACUCACCCUCAACCUCAAGGAUGAAGUGUGUUUUUUCUGUUUUAAUCUGGACCUGCUCUUUACUCUUAUGUGAACCCCUUGAAGUUAUGCCUAACCCUAAACCUAGAGGCUCCUGCGGUCAUUGUAGUCAUUGCCUUGACUAGCUCUGCCAGGUCACCCGUUAUGCAAGUCAGUAUUCGACGUCCAUCCAUAUAUGAGGACGUCGGGAGAUUACGUGGAAACCGGCCACUAGGGGGCAACAGUGAGCGUUGUUAUCUUCAAGUUGGUUUCGGCGUUGUGGACGGGGAUGGCGGAUGGAACAUAAGCAUCUGCCUCUGAUUCCAAAGGUUGCAAGUUUCAAUCAAGUGAUAGAAAGUUGUUUUUGAUCUUUUUGUUUUAAGCCUAUCCCAAACCUUAAACCUUACCUUAACCAUUCUGAUUUAAUGCCUAACCGUAAGAAUUUUGAGUUAAUGCCUGAACUUAACCCUAACCUUAAAGAUAAUGCCUAAACUUAACCUUAAACACUUUGAAAUGUGACAUUUGGUAGACCUUCAUUUGACGUUUGAGAGACAUGGAUGAAGGUCUAAUUCUGACGUGAGACUGUGAGAGCUGGUAGAACUAGCUAAUGGAAUCAUUUUGUUGAGGUACAGUUGAAGUCGGAAGUUUACAUACAGUUUAGCCAAACACAUUUAAACUCAGUUUUUCACAAUUCCUGACAUUUAAUCGUAGUAAAAAUUCCCUGUCUUAGGUCAGUUAGGAUCACCACUUUAUUUUAAGAAUGUGAAAUGUCAGAAUAAUAGUAGAGAGAAUGAUUUAUUUCAGCUUUUAUUUCUUUCAUCACAUUCCCAGUGGGUCAGAAGUUUGCAUACACUCAAUUAGUAUUUGGUAGCAUUGCCUUUAAAUUGUUUAACUUGGGUCAAACGUUUCGGGUAGCCUUCCACAAGCUUCCCACAAUAAGUUGGGUGAAUUUUGACCCAUUCCUCCUGACAGAGCUGGUGUAACUGAGUCAGGUUUGUAGGCCUCCUUGCUCGCACACGCAUUUUCAGUUCUGUCCACACAUUUUCUAUAGGUCUGAGGUCAGGGCUUUGUGAUGGCCACUCCAAUACCUUGACUUUGUUUAACUUCCUGACUGAUGUCUUGAGAUGUUGCUUCAAUAUAUCCACAUAAUUUUCCUUCCUCAUGAUGCCAUCUAUUUUGUGAAGUGCACCAGGCCUUGAAAUACAUCCACAGGUACACCACUCAAAUGAUGUCAAUUAGCCUAUCAGAAGCUUCUAAAGCCAUGACAUCAUUUUCUGGAAUUUUUCAAGCUGUUUAAAGGCACAGUCAACUUAGUGUAUGUAAACGUCUGACCCACUGGAAUUGUGAUACAGUGAAUUAUAAGUGAAAUAAUCUGUCUGUAAACAAUUGUUGGAAGAAUGACUUGUGUCAUGCACAAAGUAGAUGUCCUAACCGACUUGCCAAAACUAUAGUUUGUUAACAAGAAAUGUGUGGAGUGGUUGGAAAACUAGUUUUAAUGACUCCAACCUAAGUGUAUGUAAACUUCCGACUUCAACUGUAUGUCCAUAAUUAAUGAUUCCAAAAUCAGACAUUUGAAAAUAUAGACCUGAGUUAAUAAGAUCAUGUUGGUCUCUUUCAUUCUGUGUGUGUGUGUGUGUCCAGGCUGGUUUUCCUCCAGGCGUGGUGAACGUGCUGCCAGGAUACGGUCCAACAGCAGGCAGUGCCAUUGCUCAUCAUAUGGACAUUGACAAAAUAGCAUUUACUGGAUCAACUGCUGUAUGUAUUCAGAGAAUGACCCAUUGACUUUCAAUAGUGACACAUUUCUCUGUUCACCCAACCCUUAGUUCACAAUCUCCUUCCUAUUAGACCAUUUCUGAGGUAAUCUGCCGUCUACUAAACCCCCAGCCCAGUGCCCUCCCCAUUUGGUGCGAAUGGUUGCCAGAUUAGAUGGGGUUUUGGUAAUAGUUCAGUUGUAACUGUUUACUGAUUUAGCUUUUUUCCCUGUGGUGGUUUCCAGGUAGGGAAACUCAUCCAGAAGGCUGCUGGUGACAGCAACCUGAAACGUGUUACUCUGGAGCUGGGCGGCAAGAACCCCAAUAUUGUCUUCGCAGACUGUGACUGUGAGUGUGUGUGUGUGUGUGUUUGUGUGUGCAUGCAUGCGUACGUACGUAUGCUCGUCUGUCUGUGUGUUGUGUUUAUACGUUUUUGGGGUGUGUUGAGUUUGUGUCUGUGUAUACAGGCAAGUGUUCAUUAACAUGUGUGUAUAUGUGUGUUGUAGUGGAGUAUGCGGUGGAGCAGGCCCACAGUGGUCUCUUCUUCAACCAGGGCCAGUGCUGCCUGGCUGGCUCCAGGGUGUUUGUGGAGGACUCUAUCUAUGAGGAGUUUGUUUUUCGUAGCGCGGAGAAGGCCCGUAACAAGGUCCUGGGAAACCCACUGGUACCAGGAGUGGACCAGGGACCACAGGUAAGGUAGAACACACUAUUAUCCCCAAAUGGAUAACAAUAGUAGUACAGCUGCGGGACCUGAAACAUUAGUUUUCCUGACACCUUCGCCUUGAUGAUGAAGAUGUGCCGUGUGGCAGCAAGUACAUCUGCAAAUUUGAAUAUCAUCGAACAUUUCAAGACAGUCGAGUGAGUUUUAAUAUCAAAGUCGCAAGAUCUGAAGCUUUCAUAUGAACACUUUUACAAUGACAGUCAAAGUUCAUGUGGUGAUGAUUGUUGGAUGUUCUCCUUGUUGGUGCAGAUAGAUCAGAAGCAGUUUGAUAAGAUCCUGGAGCUAAUUGAGAGUGGGAAGAGGGAGGGGGCCACACUGGAGUGUGGGGGGGCCCCCUGGGACCGGAAGAGCCUCUUCAUCCAACCCACUGUCUUCUCUAAUGUCACUGACGACAUGCGUAUUGCCAAAGAAGAGGUAAACACAAACACACAGACACAACAUACUCUUUCUCUCACACACACACAUGAGAAAGCACAAAUUAUCUAUCUCACUCUCUUUCUCUCCCCCCUCCUUUCUCUCUCUCUCUCUCUCUCUCUCUCUCUUUCUCUUCUCUCUCUCUUCUCUCUCUCUCUCUCUUCUCUCUCGCUCAGAUCUUUGGACCGGUGCAGCAGAUCAUGCGUUUCCGCAGUGUGAAUGAGGUAAUUCAGAGGGCCAACGCCACCCAUUACGGCCUGGCUGCUGGAGUUUUCACCAAUGACAUCGACAAAGCCCUCACUGUGUCCUCAGCUUUACAGGCCGGCAUGGUGUGGUAUGUAUGGACACCUCCAAAAGCAUUUUACCAGUUCGGGCAACAUUUUUAUCUGGCAAAAGAGCACAGAUCUGUGCAAAUACUGUAAAUCUCAUUAUAAUCUGGCAGCGUGAUUUCAUAUGAAACACCUCUUCAACACUGUGGGUUAUGAGGAAGUGACUAUUUAUGGAUUAUUCAGUUUACAAAAAUCUAGUUCAAUAAUCACAUCCUUAUAACGCACAUUGUUGAAGGAAUGUUUCAAAUGAAUUUGUAUUUCAAAGGUAUUUGAACUGGGCCUUUGAUUUCCUCUUUAUCAUAGGGUGAACUGCUACAAUGCCAUGAGUACCCAAUGUCCCUUCGGAGGGUUUAAGAUGUCCGGGAAUGGGAGGGAACUGUGAGUGAUUCCAGAUUUCCAGACUUCUAGAAUAAGACCUAAAUUAAUUUAUUCAUUUAGUUUAUCUGAGUUUCAUUAUUGUUUGUACCAUGUGUCUGGGUUUCAGAGGGGAGUAUGGCCUCCAGGAGUACACAGAGGUCAAGGCUGUAACUAUCAAAAUCUCACAGAAGAACUCCUAAGACUUGCUGUACGGUACCACACAAGUCUUUCAGUAGGACUUCCACCGAAAUUCUCUAUGGACCAACUGGGAAUUCUCAGCAAUGACCCACAGACUAUUGUAUGCGUUUAAACAAAACAGGGUGUAACUUUCUGUCUAAAAAACAGCCCUCAGGGUGCUCAAGGUCGCCCAAAAUUAUCAUCAUCAUUAGACGGGACAGCACUUAAUCCGAAACAAGUUUGCAUGCAGAAUCGGUUAACUUUAUCAUCAAUUGGAAUCAUUGAUUUAUCAUAUAAACUGCAUCCCACUGGUUAUUGUGGUCCAAUUAGAAUGAAAGACAAUGUUUUUGGUAUAAUCUAUGAUUAGUACACUGUAUGUGAUCAAUUUGAACAGUCCAGUAGUUUGAGAUCCAUUGGAAUCUUAAUUUAAUGGUUUAUAGUAUAUACUGUCCUCUAGUCUUUGUUAUUGUCAAUGGAUGGUGACUGUGUAUUUCUGUAAAUGUGUGUGUGUUUGCUUCUGUAAAUCUCCCAUAAGUAAGCAUAUAAGACCUGAUAUAGCUGACAUAGAUAUUCGUAGACAUAUUUUGUAACUCUUGUAUUUUAUUAGUUGUAAUACCAAAAAGGUAGCACUUUACAUUCCAGUUUGGUGAAAACAGCCUAAUAACAGGGUACCCAAACCUUUCCUAACAUUCCAACUAGCCCAUGGCUUUGUACCUGGAAACAGAGAUGGUAGAUUCUAUGUAAUAACGCAGAAUCAGUGCUGGAAAAUUCAACAUUACCCGUUUCUCUUUAGUUCUACUAUUAUAUCCAUUCCACAUAAACGUAUCAUGUGGCCUUAUUCAGUGUAAAGUGGCACCAAAUUGCCGGCCAACCAAAAACUCAAUAACUCAUUUUUUAGCAGUCUUUUUCCUUUUAGUUAAGUUACAGCAUGUCACCGAAUGUCACUUGUCAUAUCUUGUGCAUAUAUUUUUUAUCAAUAAAGAAACCUCUGAUUAUGAAC